UUGGGGAGCCUUUACAUCCUUCGUAAAAGCUUUUGAUAGUCAUUCAAUUAUAAAACUCUCCUGACUAGAACCAUUAGAUUUUUUUUGCAGUUGCAAUACAUGCAAUGAAAACUUUUAAUUUCUACAAGAAAAAACUCAUAAUUGAAAAGCAAAAAAGUGAUGUAUUUUUGUUCUGAUAAAUUGAUCAAACUUCAGCGACACUGAGCGACUUAAUAUUGAAUCAUAAACCGCAUAUCUAUGAUAAUUCUUUCAGUUAUACACACAACGGUUUCGCAACUUCAGUGAAAUGAUUACCCAUAACUAGUAUACCACUAGCAUAGCAUAACAUGACUUUAUCUAACAAUACCUUGUUUGAUCAAAUUAACAACGGGGGAGGGGAGAUAGAGAUGGGGAGCGUUUACCCCCCUGGAGAUUUAGAAGAAGGAUACCCGUCGAGUGUGUUUAAAAUGACCCCCACUGGGCUUCUGUUUUGUAUGGUACUGUGUCUCAUCAUUUUCAUCUCAAUAUCAGGUAACAGCCUUGUACUGUUUGUGCUGAAGAAGAGGCCGCAGCUGCAGAACACGACUGGCUGGUUCGUGGCCAAUCUGGCCAUAGCAGACCUCGGUGGAUCCCUGAUCAACAUGCCAGUCAGUGCAGUGUGUGCCCUCGCUGACUCUUUCCCCUUUCCAAACUUCCUCUGCCUCGCAACUGGAUUCACUAAUUCGGUUUUCUGUGGAGCAAGUAUUGUGCUUUUGGCACUCGUUUCAAUAGACAGAUACGUGGCCAUUUCGAAACCCUUUGAGUAUCCGACUUUGAUGACGACGAAUAGAAUAGCGAUGAUCACGAUUGGCGGCUGGAUCUACGCUUUCGCCAUUGCACUUCCGCCCUUCUUUGGAAUCGGCCAAUACCACUACCUGCAUUCGAAUGCGGCAUGUACCCUCAACUGGCAGUCUGACAUCCUCUCAUCCCUUUUUGCCACUGGGGCUAUCUUCGGGGUACCCCUGGCUGUCUUACUCUUCUCCUACUCACACAUAUUCAGAGAGGCCAACAAACACAUCAAGGCUAUCAAAGAGCUGCACGCCUGUCUUCCAGUCUCAGCGGGUGGCGCCAUCACUGCAGACGGCAGGAGUGCAGGGUGCAAUCAGCAUCAGAAGAAGUUCACAGACAGUAAGCCAGUGAAGACUCUUCUGGUGGUGUUGGGAGUGUUCAUUUUAUGCUGGGUGCCCUUCUUCUCCCUCAAUAUGGUAGCCGUCAUCGGACACUUUGACAUUCCAGAUCCUGUGGUGACGACUUCAGUAUGGAUAGCGUACAGCAACUCUGCCUGCAACCCUUUCAUCUACGGACUCAUGAACAGAAAGUACCGAGAGGCGUUCUUCCAAAUAAUCA